AUGUCAACCCCACCAAAUGAGUUAGAGGAGGACAAAGCACAGACUGCCACUAAUCUAGACACACUGUCCCAGCUUGAACUGACUGAAGAACAGUUCUACAGCAAACUGUAUGAGAAGUACACAAUAGAAUUACGAGAUCUUCAAGUAAUGUCAGGACGAAUGAAGGACAACUGGCGCCACAUCCACAAUCGAACAACCACACCAUUACAUCUUCUUGAUAGACUCUCUAUUUCCCUACAGCUAGAAAGGAGGCUAAUCUACACCACUGACCCGCAAUAUCCAACAGUUAUAGCCUCAGGAGAAAUGCCAGCUCUCACCCUGCAUGUCAAUGAACAUAAGGUGCAGAUAAUCAACUCUUGCAUCGCUUCUCUGUCAAAAGUACCCCACACUCCCCCACUCCCAAGCAGCAUGAGCCUCUCCAUGGACAGUCAGGCUUCUCUCUCUGCUUCUUCAAGUGGACUCUCCCUCUCAGAAAUAGGGGAAAUGGCAAGGGACGAGUCUAUUGAUGCGGAUGAGGGAGGAGAGGAUGCCUCAGAAAAAAUUAAGGAACUUUUAGAGGAAUCUAAGCUUUUACUUGUACAGUUUAACAUUAACAGAGUGUCACUGGAAAUUCAUAGCAGAGAUCGCCCAAUAGCAGAGCUCCAAGUAUGCAAUGUUAUGUCCAGCCUGACCAAGCGUCUCUACGACACCUCUGUAUCACUUACUGUACACAGUCUGUUGGUGGUCGAUGCCUUACAGACGUAUGGAAAAGAUUUUGAGCUGCUUAUGACUUCACACAGAAAUGUCUCGCUGGACAGCACCAGUGGGAGUAUCCGGGACUCAACCCCCACCUCUCCUAUGACCUUGUCACCCCCUGGUUCCCCCAUGGAUCAUCUUCCAGGGCCUCAGGAGCAUCCCAGUGGGGACCUUGCAGCCAUGCAUGAUGUAGUUUCCAGGGCAUUCCAGGCUCUUAUUAGCAGUGAACACGUUUCAUGGCCUCAGAUGUCACCACACCAGUCCAUGAGCCUUUUAGCCACGGAGGAUGUGAUUUCCAGAGCUUUCCAGGCUCUUUUUAGCAGAGAUGAUUGUGAGGAAGUGAAGAAAUCUGAAGAUCGAAGUCACAUGAUGUCUCCCGUACUGGACAGUGAGGCCCUUAUAACAGUGGAAUAUGAAAUGUAUGCGGCCAAAUCCCCGAGUAACAAGAAUGGGAAUGGACCGUUGCACGUGGCUAACUUUACCUUUAACAAUCUAGAUAUUAUUGCAAACCAGGAGACAGUGGUGGAAAUUGUGAGCUUCCUGAAGAUAAUUUCUCCACGGUCUAGUAAGCCAGACAGAUCAGUUCCGACAGUACCUAAAUAUGCCCCAAAUACAAACCUACUGUCAGAAACAGUAUUUGGACAGCGUGUUCAGAAACAGAACAAAGCCACAUCGCAAACUGAAGUGACAGCAGAUUUCAACCGCCUGUCCAUCCUGUUGAUGCGACUUGAAGAGGGUCCAGAGCGGGUUUCGGCAAGGAAAGUGGCCACGGCAACCAUGUCUGCAGCAAGACUCCAGGCCACCAUAGACACUAGAGUGACCAUAUCAGGAUCACUAGGUGGAUUUCACGUAUUUGACAUCACACCAGAGGCAAAACGCCACCAGAGAGUGUUCAGCGUUGGACAAGACAUGUCCCAGAGUCACAUUCCACACCAUGUAUAUUUGGCAUCAACUUUGUAUCAAACCGCUAAUGAAUCGGUGCUUGAUGAGCUUAGAGAUAGUUCGUCCAAGGCAUUUUCUUUUGAAUUCAGUAAACCGCUGAAAAAUAAAUCUUCCCGAAUUUGUUCCCUAAAUUUUAAUAGAACAAGCGAUGAUCUCAAAGGAGAUAACUGUAUUUCGGUGAAUUUAAGAGUUGCUUCCCUUUGUUAUACUCAUUCACCGAAAUGUUUACAAGAGUUAUCCCUCUGCGUGUCAGCCUUUAAGGAGUACAAAGCCUCUGUAGCAAAAUCGUUGAGAAGUGUUGCAAGUGAGGUCGCAAAAGGGAUUAUUGCGAAAAGGUCGGAAAUGAGUCAUCCAGGGAUUUAUGGAAGCGGAACAAGUUUGGAUACUUUCGCAAAACUAAGGUCUAACCUUUCUCUGGAUAAAACUGAAAUGGAAUAUCUUGAAAAUGCUACCAAACUUGAAGACACUGAGGUUCAGAAGAAUAAGAUCAUCAUUGAUGCCUCGUUUGACUCACCCAUUAUUGUUAUUCCAAAAAGUGCCUCAAGUUCUCGAGUAUUUGUGGCCCAUCUUGGUCAAAUAUCUCUGAGCAAUAAAGACCACAAGGCUCAAAUUCAGUUUGAAGAUGAAAAACCCGUCGAAGACCUGAUUUAUAAAGAAGAGGAAAAUCCUAACAGGAUUUUUGUUGAGAUUAGAAAGAUGAACUUGUAUUCUGUGGAUAUUGAUCAAAAGAAUGAAGAAAAGGGAAAUGGUGCAAUGGGAUUUGAUGGACCUUCAGCAUUCCGGCCUGUGCAUGUUGAUGCAGAUAACGACACUCCAAUAAUGUACGAAACAACUGUACAUGUGACGAUUGAUCAUGUGUCGGGAGACGCACUCUCUGGUGCUUCUAAUGUAGACAACUUUGGUGAUGAAAGUUUCUUUCCUAAGGACGUUGAAAGUUCAUUUUCCCAGCAGGAUACUCAACAACCGGUUAUGGACAUCAGGGCAAAGAUUCAGACACCAUUGAAAUUGGUUCUUCUGAAAAGCGUUUAUGAACAAAUUCUCCAAACGUCAGACUAUUUGUCAAGUAAAAACGAGGCUUACCCAGACACACCAGAUUCUGUUAAAGAUGCAUUUGAUAACAAGGGCGAUAUCGUUGAUGGUAUUACUGAUAAUACAGGUGGCUUAGAGUCUAGUAAGGUUUCAGCAAACAGUGUCAGUCAAGGGAAACUGCCAUUCAUUACAAAGAAAGUGAGAUUUGAGGUGCCUCUGUUCAAUGUUGAAAUUAGAGCCAAUUUGAGUGAUGGUGAACAGGGCGUGGUCGAUAUAAGAUUGAAUCGACUUCUUCUCGACCUCACAAAAGAUAAUCCAGCCACAACAAAUGCGGAGCUAUCACUUAAAUCUAUUGUUAUGGAGGAUUUAUUAGAGGAUAAAGAUUCACCCCAUAGAAUAAUAGUUAUGUCCAAGGGCCCUCAGAGGGAGGACCCACUACAUAUGAAGCCGCAUGAGUUUUUGUCACACUCCUGUCCAGAUAAUGCGAUAAUCACCCCUGAGCCAGUGAUGCCUGGCUCGUUACCAAGCAGUUUCCAUAGUCACCUGACACAAAUGAACAAGCCAAUUAUGUCAAGGCCUUUAGCGGGAGCGUUUGUUUCACAAAGAUUUAACGUGGAUUUAGAAAACAGGAAAAACUCAACGACCCCACCUCCAUUAGUGCAUAUGUCACGAUGGGCAAGUGAUGAUUCUUUGGUAGAUGAACAUCUGGUUCACAUUUCUCUAGUUCUGGUGGAUGUAGCUUCUCCAGAGUUUAAGGAAAAAUACAACGAAAUAAAAAGGUUUGUUGAUGUGGACUUCAGUUGCCUUGAGGUGAAAAUAAACAUGCAGACAUGGGUGGUUUUACUAGACUUUCUGGGUCUUGGUGCAAAGGUAGCGGACAUCGAUAUAUUAUCUGGUAGAGAGCCGGAGGUCCAAUCCAAACCUAAUGAUCCAGACGAGUAUGUUCAAGCUGUGGUGAACUCUGAGAUUAAGGUAGAAAUGGAGCGAUUGUCCAUAAUUCUCAAUAAAGAAGAGUACAGAUUUGCUGAAGCGAGUGUGUCCAAACUGAAUGCCAAUGUUGUGAUGAGAGAUGGAAAUAUGGAUGUUAAAGGUCAGCUUGGUAAAGUCAGUUUGUUGGACCUCUCUCCAAGUGGCGCCCUCUAUAGGGAACGUUUCAUGACAGUCGGAGAACAGGCCUUGGAGUUUGACUUCUUCAAGUAUGGUAUGCCUGAUCCUUGGUGCAAGCGGGAUUACGACAUGAAGCUGAAGAUGGAGAUGUCGUCCGUGCGCUACACUCACACACAGAGAUUCGCAAUGGAGAUGCUUGGAUUCGUACAACACUUUCUUCAGGCGCAAGAUAUCCUUGGUAGGACGAGAGCGGCAUUUGCAGGGGAAAAGAUCAAUGAAGCGGCAUUCCACCAAGCUCGACUGUUACUAGAUAUAGUGGCUGGCUCUCCCAUAAUUCUGAUCCCCCACAGUUCCAAAAGCACCGAUGUCUUAAUUGCUGAUCUAGGUCGACUCUCCGUACGCAACUGUUUCAAACUUGAUGGGAAUGAUGGAACAUUUACUGCCGAUCAGCAAACAUGCACCCAAAAACCCGGAUCAGCAGAACCUGUGUCAGCUGGAGGCUUGUUGCUAAGGCAACCAUUGUCAAGGUCAUUGUCAAGGAUAACACAAAGGAAAAUGAGUUCAACAAGUGUCGGAUCAGAAGCAAAAAGUGUAGACCCCAUGCAGCAGAGUAUAUAUAGAAGUUUGGAUAAUGAUAUGACGUCUGAAAAUUCUGAUGAAUCAAUGGACAUAUCUGAGAUUGGCUUAAGUGUUGACCCCCAAUCACCUGCACCUUCAGUCAUAGGGUCACAGAUAUCUUUGGACCCUUCUAGUUCAAGGUCAAGGACAUCUGUAAGUGCAAGGUCAGACAGUUCUGGCCUGAAUUUGAUGUCUGUGCCUGAUAACUCCUCACCUGCCCCGGAUACAAUGAAAUCAGGGCUGAAUGUUUUCCUUUCUGAGGCGUUCAAUACAAAACUGUUCUCUACAAAUCCCGACACAAAUGUGUUUAUAGUCGAACCUUCUUCAUUAAGUGAUACAACUAUUAAAGAUAACUCCAAUAUGACUGCUAGUAACAUGACCUCCCAGGAUGAAGAUGUAACCAUGGAUACUGAUGCUGGUCCUUGUCUGUUGGAUGUUAUGGAUGUACGGCUGUCUGCAAUGGAUUUAUUUUCAGCAGAGAGGGUAGACAAAUCCCGUUACUCUGGGACAAAUCUUCGACAAGACCUGGAAUUUCCGUCAUGCGUUAUUCAAAGAAAGGUAAAAGGCCUGCUUGUAUUUAAUUAA